AUGACACAAACACAACACACUACUUCGACCAAAUCCAGAAAAGCGAAAGCCAUGGGACUGCUUACGAUCCCGGUAGAGGUACUGGACGAGAUCACCGGCUAUUUAAGCUACUCGUCCCGGUUCGCUCUCUCUCUCACCUGUCGAGCACUUCAUACCUGGAUCGACAACCCAUACUGUACUUCGAAAAAGCGUGACAAACUUCUUUCUGAACGGCUAUCACAGUCCCGAUGCCCUGUGAUCAAGCCCAAGGACCUGUUUGAAAUUGAGAUGUGGCCAGCAUACUUGAAACAAGACAAUGUCCAGAUGGCUCACGGCUACUUCGCCUGUGGGGAUGUUGUUUACGACUUGGCCGGUUUUCCCCUGGAACGACCUUCUACUUUGGAGGAGCUGAAGUCCAUGGACUUGGCAUCAUUUGCGCGAGAUGCCGCAGAUACGAAGGAUAUGAGGAUUAUCAUUGGAACAGAUCUGACACUUGCGGUGCAUGCUUGUCCAUGUAUGGAAUGCCAGCCAGGCACUACUCGUUCCUUAAAUAAUAUAUUAAUUGAUAUCUCUGUCUCUGCCUCCAUCUCCAUCUCCAUCUCCAUCUUCGCCUUUCUGUAUCUAUAUAGACACGUGACCCAUCUGGUGAUCGACCAAAAAACCGCCAGCAGCCAAAGAAGACGCGAAGAAGAAGCAAAGAAGCAAAGAAGCAAAGAAGAAAAGAAACGCAGGAGAGGAGACAAAGAGAAGACAAAAGACGACGGCUGGGGAUGCGAGUCUAAGGGCGACCGAGUCCCUCCUGCUCUCCCAUCUUCGCGUGUCCUACCCUGA